AUGAAAACAACUUUGAAUGCAAAGAAUGCACUAGUUUGUAAGGGAGAAUUUUUUAAUGUUCGAUGCUAUGCUCAUAUUUUGAACCUUAUAGUUCAAGAUGGCAUCAAAUUAAUUGAUGCAUCUAUCCAAAAGGUUCUAGAUAGUAUUAAAUUUGUUAAGAGCUCACAAGCUAGGAAGUUAAAGUUUCAAGAAUGUUGCGAGCGCUUGACUUUGAAUACCAACAGGGGCUUGCAUGGAGAUGUAACCACAAGAUGGAAUUCAACAUUCCAAAUGCUUAGUGAUGCUUUGUAUUAUUGGCCAGCAUUUGACACUUUGGAAUUUUCAGAACAGUCCUACACAUUAAGCCCUACCGAGGAUGACUGGGAAAAGAUAGAAAAAAUUUUAAAGUUGUUAGAGCCAUUUUAUGAGGUCACCAAGGUUCUCUCGAGUUCAAAGUAUCCAACUUCAAACCUCUAUUUCCAUACUAUGGUGCUCAUUUAUUUGACUUUAAAUGAUGGAUCAUUCUUAGAUGAGUUCAUGAUAGAUAUGAUACAUGCCAUGAGAGCCAAAUUCAAUAAAUAUUGGGAAAAAUACUCAUUGGUUUUAUCAGUUGCUGUCAUUUUGGAUCCCCGUUACAAGUUAUCGGUUCUUAGGUGGGCAUUUAAUGAGAUCCAUCAUGGAAAGACCAACUUAAUGAAUGAGGAGAUUGAUCGGGUGAAAAGUGCUUUGGAAAGACUUUAUGGGGAAUAUAAGAGCAUGCCAAAAGAUCAAGGGUUUUCUUCUACUGCUCGUGUUGGUGAUGUUUCAGCUCGUUAUGCACAGGAUUAUCUCUCUUUUUGUAUUCAGGAUAAUGAUGUGGUCACCAAUGGAAAGUCUAAAUUGGAGCAAUAUCUGGAAGAGCCACCCAAAACUUGGGUGGCUGAAUAUAAUGUUCUUGCAUAUUGGAAGUCAAAUCAGAGCAUAUUGGAAGUCAAAUCAGAGCCAAUACCCUGA